CACGAUGGAGCUGAGUUCCGGGCGUGGCGACGACCGAUCUGGAUCAGGAGUUCAUCUGCAUCACGGCGUCUGCCGAGAAACGGACCAUGCAAUCAUCACUGGCAGUCCGUCCACUCCCAUUCUUGCCAUCGUGCGUUCGGCCGUCGCUGCUCCGCGUGGGCGACUCACCUCCUGCCUUGCCAUGCAGGUGCUGUUGCCCUACGCGAGUGGCAAGACGCCCAUCCACAGCUCGGGGGAAACCACCUCCCAGGUUAGCGGCAUCCUGCACGGUUGCCUCCUUCCAGACUGGUCUGAUACCCCCUGGGUGUGGCCACGGUGAAAAGAUGGUCUCAAUGCUCACAUGCCUCAGCAACAUGAGACAUAGGGUGGCAGCUGUGGGGGGCGUAGCUCCUCACCCACCACAAUUACCUUCUGCCACUCCCGCCAGUGGCAAGCUCUCGCAUACCGGAUGAAACCUUCGAUGAUUGAGUCCACGGACAGUGGACAUCCUGCCUUGAACGGUUAGUCUUGUUGCCUUAGGGCCGGCGUUCCCGCCUCGCUUGUGCAGCCUUGCCUUGCCUCUGGCGACAGACGGAAAGUUCUUGAAGCUCAAUCCU